AUGGAACAUGAUGAACCUAUGCCGGAGAGUCCUAGGUUCGAUUAUAGCUCGACUGUGGACACCUCCCGUCCUUUCACUUCUGUCAAAGAAGCCGUAGCCAUCUUCGGCGAACGUAUUCUUGUCGGAGAAAUAUACUCUCCAUCUCCGUCUCCGACUCCAAAGCCAUUCUCAUUCUCAGACACUACUACUGCUGCUGCUGCUACCGCAUCUUAUUAUUCUCCUUCUGUCUCUAUUAAGCGAGAAUCAUCGUCGUGGAGAUCAAUACCAUCGUCGCCAUCACCAUCACCGAUGAGUCCUAUCAAAUCAUCAUCAUUUAAUAAUAGUGAAACUCUUUUUGACAGCGUAAAGAAGCUGGAGGCGGAGCUUGAGAAAACAAAGACAGAACUGAAGAUUUUAAAGGAGAGAGGAAGUGAAACAGAAGUAGCAUUGGCAACACUGAACGCUGAGCUUCACAAGAACAUGUCAAAGUUGGCUCAAGCUGAAGCUGAAGCAGCUGGAAAAGCAGCUUCAAAGAGUGUGAGAUUUGAGAGCAUUGUUGAGAGAGAGAAUAUUCAUAAGAAUUCAGAAUCACAAACACUGGCUCAUAUAAUAAGUCUUGGAGAAAAUGACCAUAUAUUUGGAGGGAAAAAGAGGAAUAAUAAUAAUAAUAAGAUUAGAAAGCAGAAGCCUAUAGUUCCACUUGUGGGUGAUUUAUUUUUGUUUUUCAAGAGAAAGAGUUCUUCUUCUACUAAUCACCAUAAUAAUCCUCUUUAUGCUUCUCCUUUUUAA